ACCAAUCCACUGCCUAGAGUGAGACGUUGGCGUUUGAAACCAGCCAAUGGCAGGCAUACACUGGAGCUUCCUUCCCACCUUUUCCCAGUCUGCGAGUACACUGAGGCAAGCUAGGAGGUGGCGGCGGCGGCGGCGAAGUUGCUUCUGAGUGGAGCUCAAGAUGACCGGUUCUAACGAGUUCAAGCUGAACCAGCCACCCGAGGACGGCAUUUCUUCGGUCAAGUUCAGCCCUAACACCUCUCAGUUCCUGCUGAUUUCAUCCUGGGACACCUCGGUGCGCCUGUAUGAUGUGCCGGCCAACUCCAUGCGGCUCAAGUACCAGCACACUGGCGCUGUCCUGGACUGCGCCUUCUACGACCCAACGCAUGCCUGGAGUGGGGGGUUGGACCAUCAAUUGAAAAUGCAUGAUUUGAACACCGAUCAAGAAAAUCUUGUUGGAACCCAUGAUGCUCCUAUCAGAUGUGUUGAAUACUGUCCAGAAGUGAAUGUGAUGGUUACAGGGAGUUGGGAUCAGACAGUUAAGUUGUGGGAUCCCAGAACUCCUUGUAAUGCUGGGACCUUCUCUCAGCCUGAAAAGGUGUACACCCUCUCAGUGUCGGGAGACCGGCUGAUUGUGGGCACUGCCGGCCGCAGAGUGUUGGUGUGGGACUUACGGAACAUGGGCUACGUGCAGCAGCGCCGGGAGUCCAGCCUGAAGUACCAGACCCGCUGCAUACGAGCCUUUCCAAACAAGCAGGGAUAUGUAUUAAGCUCUAUUGAAGGCAGAGUGGCAGUUGAGUACUUGGACCCAAGCCCUGAGGUACAGAAGAAGAAGUAUGCCUUCAAGUGUCACAGACUAAAAGAAAAUAAUAUUGAGCAGAUUUACCCCGUCAAUGCCAUUUCCUUUCACAACAUCCACAAUACAUUUGCCACAGGUGGUUCUGAUGGCUUUGUAAAUAUUUGGGAUCCAUUUAACAAAAAGCGACUGUGCCAGUUCCAUCGGUACCCCACCAGCAUUGCCUCACUUGCCUUUAGCAAUGAUGGGACUACACUUGCAAUAGCAUCAUCAUAUAUGUAUGAAAUGGAUGACACAGAGCAUCCUGAAGAUGGUAUCUUCAUUCGCCAAGUGACAGAUGCAGAAACAAAACCCAAGUCCACCUAAUCAUCUCGUGAAACUGGUUUCUCUGUGGAAAGCUUUGUUUUGCUUCCUACAAAUACCUGCUUAUCCCCUAAGGGAUGCCCUCUAGUCUUUGUGGACACAUUACUUAGUGUGUGGAUUUCUCUGUUUUCUGUCUUAUAAAAAACUUGUCUGUGCGCCCUUUCGUACCGACUUUGUGUAGGAUGAUGAGUCUUUGUGUCCUUGUGCAGUAGUCUGAAGAAUUUUUUCCCCCAGCAAGCCCAGUUGCUGUUUAUGAGCAGCUUGAGCUCUUUUGUAAAAUAAUCUAAACCUGUUAUUUCCCUGCUGUCAAAUAAAUCAGAGAUUCAGAACCCUUAAA